ACUUUCAAUACAUAAGUAAUGUAACGAUAUAUCGAUAAUCGUUUGAAAGUAUCGAUUGUCGGCUUUGUUUGCAUUGAAAUGAAUGAAACGGAUAUUUAAAGCAAAUUGAAUGAAACGAUUGAUUUGAUGACCAUUUGGUGAUAAUUUGGUGGACAAUGAAUGAAAUGUCGGAACUGUCAGACUGUGGCUCAUCGGCCAGUCGUCAUGAGAAGAGUUUGGGAUUAUUGACCACACGUUUCGUGAGUCUUCUUCAGGACGCAAAGGAUGGCGUACUCGACCUCAAAAUGGCCGCCGAUACACUGGCUGUGCGACAAAAGCGCCGCAUUUAUGACAUAACCAAUGUUUUGGAGGGCAUCGGUCUGAUUGAGAAAAAGUCUAAGAACUCAAUCCAAUGGUUAGGUGCGGGUCCCGGAUGUAACACAAGAGAGAUUACCGACAAGUUAUUGGCCCUAAAGGAAGAAUUGGUUGAAUUGGACGAUAAAGAGAUGGAAUUGGAUCAACACUUUUCUUGGGCCAAACAAUCUAUUCAUAACAUAACUGAUGACUCAUUUAAUAAAAGUAUGGCAUUUCUUAAUCAUGAAGACGUCAACAAUACUUUUGCCGAACAAAUGUUAUUAGUAAUUCAAGCACCAGUUGGUACUCAACUAGAAGUACCACUUCCUGAUGCGGAUAUAUCUGAUGAUAUGUCGCUUUAUGAUGCAAAUGACAUCGAAGGAAGGCCUACUAAGAGAAGAAAAUAUCAAAUUCAUCUUAAGUCGAGAAGUGGACCAAUAAAUGUAGUAUUGGUUAAUAAAUGCGAAGACAAUUAUCAAAAAGAACUGAUCCAAGUGUUGAAUAACGAUAACAAUGAACUAACAACCACUAUAGACACCAUUCGCAUCGAUUCCUUUACUCCUGAAAAGAGUACAACAAGUUUUACCGAAAUUAAAUCUCCGAUUAAACAAAACAAUGAGAGUGUCAUAACCGACAAUACAAGUACUCACACUCAUGGGACCAGAUCUGCCACAAGAGCUGCUAACAAACCCAAUGAAAAACUGAAUGAUUCGCAGUCACCCAAAAAAGUCUCUAAAAGAGGUAUCAAUACUAAGUCUACUAAAGAACCGGUGAGUAAUAAUUUAGUGAAUGAAGAUAUUAUCUCAGAGAUGACGUCGACGCCACCUCUGCGGCAAUUAUCUCCUCGUAAAGCAGCGCAACACCACCUUUUUGUUACUACAACGAGGUCUCAAACACAGAAACUCGAUGUCACUAAAGGAGCCAAAGGACCGGUAACUCAAACUAAAGAGCGGUCAACAAAUAAAUCUACAAAACAAAUGACAUCAAAAUCGAUAGAACUUGAAGUGAGCGAAGAUUCAGAUCAUAUCGACAAUGUGUCUGAAUAUAACAAAACACGUAUACCAUUGGCACAGAAGCAGAUUAAAGAUAUCGAUGAUAUGGUUACUCCUGAUGUUUUCGCACCACUUCUUAGACUUAGUCCACCACCAAAUGGUCGCGACUAUUGUUUUAAUUUGGAUAAAAAUGAAGGCAUAUGUGAUCUUUUCCUAUAAUAUAAGCUUGAAAUUCAAUAUUGAUUUCCAAUCAUUUGUCAAAUCAUUGACAUCACGACUACUAUUAUUCACAAAUCAAGAAAAUU